GUUUCAUGGUGAAGGGUAUCAGGAGGGAUAUGCUGAAGGCACUCACCUUGGGGUUGUUGAGGGAAGGAGGUAUGGAUCACUCCAUGGUGCCAGGAUUGGGUCUGAGAUUGGCUCCUACCUUGGGUUUGCACUGACGUGGCAGUGUCUGCUCCAGAAAUUAACGGAUGAAAAGAACAGCAAAAAGAUAAAGGCUCUGGAUUCAUUAAUCGGGAUGAUUCAAAAAUUCCCAUAUGAAGACCCCACUUAUGAUAAGCUUCAAGAAGAUCUGGAAAAAAUCAGAGGAAAAUUUAAACAGGUUUGUUCAAUGCUAAAUAUUCAGUCUGAUUUUAGAAUGGGUGCUGGCAGAUCUUCACUAACGUUUUGA